AUGUCAUGGAGGAAUGCUCAGACUCACUGCAGGAGCCUGUCACUUGAUCUGGUGAACAUACUCUCAGAGAAACAGAAUGAGGAGGCACAUAAUGUGUCCACGUCACAAAUUGUUUGGAUCGGCCUCUUCAAAGAUCCCUGGGGGUGGUCGGACGGAAGCAACGCAUCGUUCCGUUACUGGAAUAAAGGAAAUCUGAUACUGAUCCAGCAAAACAUGACCUGGAUUGAUGCGAUGACUUACUGCAGGGAGCACCACAAUGACCUCGUCCACGUUACAACCAAAGAAAUUCAAGAGGAGGUGGCUGAAAAGGCGAAGAACGCCACCUCACCCCACGUUUGGCUCGGCCUACGCUACACCUGCAAGUUAAACUUUUGGUUCUGGACCAGGUCGACGUCGGCCUGCUACCAGAACUGGGCCCCAGGACAAGGCCCUGAACGGACAUAUAACUGUGGUGUUACAGGCGCCACUGAGGCCACUGGGAGGCAGCAGUGGGUCGGCUUGCCUGAGACAGAGAGACUGAACUUCAUCUGCUCUGCAUGUGCUAGCUGA